CUACCUGUUUUCUCAACACAUUCUCCUUACCUUCUAGCCAUUAUGUUUUGUUAGUACCUCUAACUAGUUGGCCUUGUAAUACAACUACCUGCAAAAAUGAGUCUAUUUGGGAGGGUGGAGGUUGAUGUAGAAAUUAAAGCUCCUGCUGAAAAGUUUCAUGAGGUUUUCAGCGGCAGGCCACACCACGUAUCCAAUGUCUGCCCUGACAAAGUCCAGGGUUGUGCUUUGCAUGAAGGAGAUUGGGGCAAUGAGGGCUCUGUCAUCUACUGGGAUUAUGUCCAUGAUGGGCAAGCCAAAGUUGCUAAGGACAAAAUUGAAGCAAUAGAUGAUACAAACAAGUCGGUCACUUUCAAAGUGAUUGAAGGGGAUCUUCUGCAGGAGUACAAGAGCUUCAAAAUCACUGUUCAAGCUACUCCCAAGGGUGAGGGCAGCUUGGUCCACUGGAGCUUGGAAUACGAGAAGCUGAAGGAGGAUGUUCCAGAUCCAAAGACAUUGCUUCAGUUUCUAAUUGAUGUCAGCAAAGACAUUGGUGCUCACCUUACCGCAUAGACAAAAAGGUUGUACUUCUACAAUAAAAGAUCGGGAGUGUUUCUGUGUGUUUUAUUCUAUAUAUCAUGCAAGUCUGUAUAUGAAUGUUAGUUUUUGUGUGGGCGUAUUGAAGCCACUUAUUGCAGGCACCCAUAUACUUAGAUCUUAUAUAUGGGUCAAAUGUAUCCGGGGCUUUUGUAAUAUGUGUUUUCUUAAGUAUAAUUUAUAUGCAUAUAUAUGUUUUAAAU